AUGGUUGAAAACCAGACGAUGAUUACAGAAUUCCUCCUCCUGGGAUUUGGAGACCUUUGUAGAUUUCAGAUUCUUCUCUUCCUGGUGUUUCUAGUCAUUUAUAUGGCAACUGUAACAGGAAACGUUCUCAUCUUCGCACUUGUUGUCUUGGAUCGGCACCUUGACACUCCCAUGUACUUCUUCUUGGGGAACCUCUCCUUCUUAGAGGCUUGUUUCUCGUCCAAUCUGUUUCCAAGGAUGCUUUUGGCUCUCUUGACUGGGAACAGAAUGAUCUCCUUCAGUAGCUGCCUCACCCAGUGGUAUAUCUUCGGUUCCUUGGAAGCGACUGAAUGCUGUUUGCUGUGCGUGAUGUCUUAUGACAGGUAUCUAGCAAUCUGUAAACCGCUCCAUUAUGCAACAGCCAUGAAGACCCAGACUUGUAUCCAGUUAGCAGCUGCAUCUUGGAUUAAUGGCUUUUUCAUUGUUUUUAUAUUGCUCAUUCUGAUGUUGCAGUUAACGUUUUGUGGCCCCAACAAAAUGGACCAUUAUUUUUGUGAGUAUUUCCCACUCCUAAAACUGUCCUGCAGUGAUACCAGUUUGAUACAAAGGUUGAGUGUUGUCGUGGCAGCCAUUUUUACACUCCCUCCUUUUCUUCUGACCUUGACCUCCUAUGUGUAUAUUAUAGCGGCCAUCUUGAAAAUCCCUUCCUCCGCAGGGCGGAGAAAGGCCUUUUCCACUUGCUCUUCUCACUUGGUUGUGGUGUCAAUUUUCUAUGGGUCUCUGAUGACUGCAUAUAUGGUACCAGAGCAAGCAAUAAAGAGAGACCUGGGGAAGUUUUCCUCUCUCCUCUACACUGUGCUGCCCCCUUUGCUUAACCCUUUCAUAUACAGCCUGAGAAACAAAGAGGUAAAGGAUGCACUGAGAAAUAAUUUUGGAAGGUUCUUCUCUACAAAGCAAGUCAGGUGA